CAGCAACAGAAGCAUAAUAAAGUCCUAAUUGCACUUGAGCUGCUGUUUAUAUUUUAUAACGACAACGAAAUGGAAUAUUUUCUGCGAGAAUAUAUGGCUCGUAGUAUAUUGCCUCAUUUAAAUGUGGCCACGAUAGAGAAAAUGUAUCACAUCGGCAGCAGCAGCAGUGGUGCCAUAGAACCGAGUGACAGCGACGACAGUGUCAUUGACAGUGGCGAUAGCAACCUGUAUUUCAUCGAACCCCAACAGCAAUUACUUUUGGAUGCAUUCAAUUCCGAUAUGGAUGUACGGACACAGUCCGAUACAGAUUAUAGUGAAUAUUUGAGUGGGAAUAGCACAACGGCAUCGUCUACAUCUACGUAUCAUCUGUUAGAAUCACUGGUCAGUGUAACGACCACAACGAUUUCAUCGAUAACGCAUCAACUGACACAGCACAGCGCGAAUGAAUCUUUCCGCCUAUUGCGUGGUGACCAUAACGUCAGCACAUCCAUGUAUGCCGCCGUCAAUUGUGAUGGUGAAUGUCAGCCUGAUACGAGGCUGAAUGAAACAUGGUCGCUGGACGCGUGUGGAGAUGAUGAUGGUGGCGAAGGUGACACGCUGUCAUCGAUAUAUUUUAUUACAGCAGUUUAUCUCCUCUACAUUCCGAUAUUUGUAUUCGCGCUGCUGGGUAAUGGCACCGUGUGCUAUAUUGUCCAAUCAACACCACGCAUGCGCACCGUCACAAAUUACUUCAUUGCAAAUCUGGCCAUGGGUGAUAUAUUGAUGUCACUGUUCUGUGUUCCCUCCUCGUUUAUAUCGACCUUUAUACUGGGCUAUUGGCCGUUUGGCAUAGCGUUGUGUCAUUUUGUCAACUAUUCACAAGCCGUGUCGGUGUUGGUGAGUGCAUACACAUUGGUUGCCAUAUCGAUAGAUCGAUACAUAGCUAUAAUGUGGCCGCUGAGACCGCGAAUAACGAAGAGUUAA